GAGUUCAGCGCGCGAGGAAGCAGCGAUGUGUGUGAACCAGGAGGGAGGUGCCGGGCCCUAGAAAUGCCCAACCGGGGGUGGAGAGAAGGGGGGGCACUUCGGGAUUGACUCCCGCAGGCUCUCACGGUAGCCGUGCCUUGGGGAAAGGCUCGUCCCUUCCCCUCACACACACAUACGCAGCAAAGCGCUGUGCCAGGGACUAGUAAUUGCUGGGACUUCCUCUUGGGGGAAACUGCGCGGAGGCGCGGGCUCGGUCACGGCGGCUCUCGGCUCCCUCCUCCCCGCUGGUGCUGUAGUCCCGGGAAGGACGGGGCGCUUGCAAGGGAGGUGGCUGCUGGGGAGGAUGCGCUGCCAGCUGGGGGCCGGGUUCAUCAUGUGACUCUCCCGGGCUGCAAAGACCCCCGCCUCCUCCCCGCACCAUGAGUGAACUGGAUGCUGGGCAGCAUCCAAGCCGGAGACAGGUAGAGCCCGGGCUGCUUCUCAAUCUCCUGUAUUGCGUGUUCCUAGUGGGGACCAAGGAAAUCGAGGCUCUGACAGACUUCUCAGGUUACCUAACCAAACUUCUGCAAAAUCACUCUGUGUAUGCCUGUGAUGGCGAUCGUUUGAGCCUGCAGUGUCCUCGACAUUCAACAAUAAGUGUCCAAUCAGCAUUUUACGGGCAAGAUUACCAAAUGUGUAGUACACAGCAGCCUGAAACCGCGAUGAAAGACCCCUUAAACUGUGUGGCGUCUACCACUUUGCAGAAAGUACUGGAUGAAUGCCAGAACCAGAGAGCCUGCCAACUCCUUGUCAAUAGUCGGGUUUUUGGACCUGAUCUAUGUCCAGGAACCACUAAAUACCUCCUUGUCUCCUUUAAAUGCAAACCUACUGAACAUAAAACCAAAUCAGCGUGUGAAAACGAAGAACUGAAACUCCACUGUAAAGAGUCAAAGUUUCUUAACAUCUAUUCUGCCACAUAUGGCAGAUCAGCACAUGAGAAGGACAUCUGCUCUACAGAAGUGGGCCAUGCCCCUCAAUUUGACUGUUUGUCCUAUACAGCUUUAGAAGUAUUAUCAAAGAGGUGUUAUGGGAAACAAAGGUGUAAAAUUAUUGUCAACAACAACCAUUUUGGAAGUCCGUGCCUGCCUGGAGUGAAAAAAUAUCUUAAUGUCAGCUAUACAUGUGUUCCCAGAAUCAUACUUACAGCAGUUGAUCCGAUGAUUUCUAAUCUAAAUCCUUCUCUAAAGCAGAACGAUGGUAAAUAUGAUAUAAACAUUGACCCCAGGGAAUCAAGGCUGCCAAAGAAAGAUGGAAUUAUUAUUAGCAACUCUUUGGCUACAUUUGCUUACAUUAGAGAUCACCCUGAAAGAGCUGCUCUCCUGUUUGUGUCUAGUGUGUGUGUGGGCUUAGUCUUCACACUGUGUGCUUUGGUGAUACAUGUGUCAUGCACUAACGACUUCCCAAAACUGCACAGAAUGAAAGACCAUUCAGUGCUGGAAAGCGACAAAGCAGAUGAUCACAGUGAUGAUGAAGAAGAGGAAGAUUCUUCAGAUUCAGACUUGCCAAAUGAGCGAACAGGAUUUUAUAGGACGUAUUACUCGGGUUAUAAUUCAACAGAAGCAGCUGAACUGGCUGAAAGAAUAGAGCGCCGAGAACAGAUAAUGCAAGAAAUUUGGAUGAACAGUGGUUUGGAUAUGUCUCCUACUAGAAAUAUCAGUCCAUUUUAUAUUAAUGAACAACAAAGUGUUUAUUUUGGAUGAUACAAGCUUUUUGUUUUUAAUGUACCUUCUGUGAAGGGACAUGUGUAACUAUAUAUAAUUAUUUGUAAAGUAAAAAAAUAUAUAAAUAAUAAAAGGACUGUUUCAAACCCC